UUGAGAGGUUUUUGAUUAUGAACAUAUACUACGAACAAAAGAAACUUGUAGCUCGAAAGCUUAACGCUGGAAAUCCAAGUUACGAAAGCCGGAUGACAAAGAGUUACUGUCAUAUCUUAUGUAGUCGUGUAAGAUUCUUUGAUUAUAAGGAACCUCACACAAACGAAGCGUUUUGCCAGUAUGCAAAGUGACUUAAGCCAUAGGCUCAUCAGAAA